AUGACGGACUUGUACGAUUUAUCGCUUUUAAUAAGGUCAUUUGGCCCAAUCGGACCGGCUUCUUUGCUUGAAGAGAUUAAAGGCCCAUCUACAAACCAUACAGCAGUCAGCAGCGAUUGUUUCCUUUCAUUUUCUUACUUCCAAUUGUUCAGUGAUCCUCCCCCUGACAUGGAUGAAAAUUUAAGAAAGGCUGCUCGUACAGGAAAGGUUAACGAAUUAUAUAGAGUAAUUCAAAGAAAUGAAAAUGUUUUGAGGCGUAUUGAUGAGGUGGAGUUUAUCAAGACUCCAUUACAUAUAGCUGCAGAAGAAGGGUGCAUUGAGUUUGCAAUGGAGAUGAUGAACUUAAAGCCAUCAUUUGCUCGAAAGCUAAACCACCAAGGUUUGAGCCCACUUCACAUUGCAGUUAGAAAAGGGCAUAAAAAGAUGGCACUCCGCUUCUUGGAGAUUGAUAAAGAUCUUGUUCCUGUCAGAGGAAAGAAAGCUUGGUCGGUUGGAUACAUUUCUGGAAGCUUCCCUGAUUGUAUCCAAGAUGUUACAAUUGAGAAUCGCACUGCUUUGCAUAUUGCAGUCCAAAACAAUAGAUUGGACGUUCUCCAACUCCUAAUUCGAACGCUUAAGAGGAAAGACUAUUAUUGGGAGAAAGACAAAGAUGGAAACACUGCACUUCACAUAGCCGUUAUCCAUAAUCAACCCAUGGUUCUUAAACUACUAUUAAAUUGCAAGGCUGAUAAGCAUGCUACCAAUCAAGUUGGUUUGACAGCACUGGGUGUUGCACAACAACAUAAUAACAGAGAAAACAUUGCUAUUCUGCAAGGCUACUUUAUUUCAGUAGUUUCAAACUUUAAACGUAAGUUGGAGAAACAAGUUGUCAAGUACGUGACAAAGGCAUCACUACUAAUUUUUCAAAAUAUGGACAACAUAUCAGCCGAUGACCGCAAUGCCUUGCUAGUAAUUUUAGGACUGCUUCUAACUGCAACCUACCAAGCCACUCUAAGCCCACCUGGUGGUGUUUGGCAAGGUGAAAAUACCUCAAAGUCCAAAGGAUCAUAUGAACCAAUGGACUGCACUUCAAGUAUUAUUAGCGUUUCUGGCAGUGUCCUUCGAUGA